CUGCAGUCGGGGGGAGGCGGUGGCGGCGGCGGCUGCGGGCAGCGCUCGGGGUGCAGGGCAUAGGACGCGAGGCGAUCGCCGUCGGGGCUUGGGUGGCUGGCAGUGGGCACAGGCUCCCCGGUGCCCGCCCCUCCGCUGGGAGGGGGGCGCGAGCGGGCGGCCGGGGAGGGGCCGGGCACAGCCGCGGCAAAAUGAGCCUGCUGUCGGCCAUCGACACGAGUGCCGCCUCGGUGUACCAGCCGGCCCAGCUGCUCAACUGGGUCUACCUGUCGCUGCAGGACACGCACCAGGCUAGUGCCUUCGAUGCCUUCAGGCCAGAACCGCCCGCAGGCGCCGCACCCCCGGAGUUGGCCUUCGGCAAGGGCCGCCCGGAGCAGCUGGGCUCGCCCCUGCACUCCAGCUAUCUCAACAGCUUCUUCCAGCUGCAGCGCGGAGAGGCGCUGAGCAGCAGCGUGUACAAGAGCGGCUCACCCUAUGGCUCCCUCAGCAACAUCGCCGAUGGCCUCAGCUCCCUCACUGAGCACUUCUCGGACCUGACCCUCACCGCCGAGGCCCGCAAGCCCAGCAAGCGGCCCCCGCCCAACUACUUGUGCCACCUGUGCUUCAACAAAGGACACUACAUCAAGGACUGCCCCCAGGCACGCCCCAAAGGCGAGGGUCUGACCCCGUACCAGGGCAAAAAGCGCUGCUUUGGCGAGUACAAGUGUCCCAAGUGCAAAAGAAAAUGGAUGAGUGGAAACUCCUGGGCCAACAUGGGGCAGGAGUGCAUCAAGUGCCACAUCAACGUGUACCCGCACAAGCAGAGACCCCUGGAGAAGCCCGACGGCCUGGACGUGUCUGACCAGAGCAAGGAGCACCCACAGCACCUCUGCGAGAAGUGCAAGGUCCUGGGCUACUACUGCCGCCGCGUCCAGUGAGCCUCCUGCAGCGUCCCCUGCCGUCCGCGCUGCCUCCCUGCGCUGCUCCGAGGGGCGGGGUGUCCCCUGGGCAGGGGGCUCCUCCGCUCUUUGUCUCAUAUGUGUUGACAAACAGUGUUACUGACGUUGUUGCCCCGACAGGCUGAGGGAGGCAGGGGCGCUGGGCUCUUCACAGCCCGGGGGCUCUGUGGAGGUGCUGGAGGCCAGAGCCGCGGGCCCCACAGAGCCCUUGGUGUCCCACAGAGUCCCUUUGGAGUGAGCAGCCUUGUACUGGCCACAAGUGCACUAAAUUUACUGUGAAUCCCAAAGCCUGCAGGGGACUGUCUCCCCAAGACCAGCCGGGCCAGCUUCCCCCACCCAGAACCUUCACAUUUGCCCUGUGUGGAAAGCCACUUUUGGAAAACCCUAUCCUUCAGUCCUAAGGUAGCAACCACCGUGAGCAGAGGUCUCCUCCAGCAGCUGCGGGGGAGUGGGCCUCUGUCCCCUGCCCACAUUGAGCCCCAAAUUCUGACCGUCUCUGAUGUCCCUGCGUCACACCCAGGACCUGCUCCCUGUGGACCCAGAGGGCAGAGGCUGGGAUAGGGGAGGCUCUGAACGAUGCUCCAAGACAUGUCCUGGGGCACUGGGGCAGACUCCCGCGACCCCCAGCUGACACUGCCCUGCUGGCCGCGUUCUAUGAGCACCUUCCCUUUCCUUCCGGUUUUCUCCCGCCCACACCGGGUGCUGCAAUCCUACCGGGCUGCUGGCAGUAACAGAGAAGCUUCUCUGACAGGAAGGACACAGGCCUGGCAUUCUGGAGAUGUACCAUGCCACCUAGGGCAAGGACUUCUCAUCUCCAACCUCUGUUUCCCCAUGAAUUAAGCGAGAGAGUGACACUACAAUGCCUCCAAGUGUCCCCAGCUCUGAUGUUCCGAGUAGGCUGGCCCCAGGCCAUCUUCCAGAACAGAGAGCUUUAUUUGGAGAGUGUCCCCUGGAUGGUCGGGGACAACUCCAGGAGCCCUGUACUCCACACCACUGCCCCUCACUGGGUCACUUGGGAAGUCAAGUUCUCCCCUGCUGCCCUUGCAGCUCUGCCCUGACUCUUGUCCCCUCCCCUGCAAAAAUGGGGGGAUCCCCCUCGUCCUUACCUAGGUCUCCCCAGCCCUCAAUGGGGCAACCCUGAGACAAGCCACAGAACCUCUCAUUUGGAAAAAGGGGACAAUGAUUGCCUACCUCCCAAGGGAUCAGAGAGGCCUCUUGGCACAGCACAUGGUCAGGGAGACCAGCGUCCUGGCAGGCAGGAGCGCGCCCUCCUCUCUCCCCAGUGAGAACCCCGUUCCUAUUGUCCUCCUUUUUCCCCUGGGGUGAGGGAGAGCCGCUGUCAGGAUUGGGUCGCUUGAUUUCGCCCCAAUGUUUUGCCUCUGUGGGGAAAAAAAAAAAAAAUCAGACCAUGAAAUGGGCUUGAAAUUCAGUGUUUACCCGGCUCGAGGACACCCAUCCGGUGCCCCCGUCGCCUUCUGUUUUCAAAUGAAAAUGCUUUGUGCAACUGAAGAGUUACAGUGAAGUGUUAAGCAAGGGUCCAGGGAGCAAGUGGAGGAGAAGGAGAGGAUCUGCAGCCCGGCGGCUGCAGGGGAGGUUUCGGGGCCACAUCCUCUGAGCACUUAAAAGCCGUCUGUGAGCCGCCUUCCUGCUGCCCACCAGGGCCAGCGUGUGGAGGUGGGGGAUGGACUGAGCACCCACCCCCUCUAGGGACUGCCUCUGGGGACGCCCCAGCCCAGCUGCUGCGUCUGGGUGAGCUGGGUGGCCUUGGCCCAAAGCUUUUGUCCCCAAGGAAAAGCUGUUGCUGUCAAUCAUCCGCCUGGGCCUCCAAAGAGAACGUCUACAGUGGUGGCAGUGUGCUAAUCUCCACUGGGAGGACAUGCCAGGCAUGGGGAGCGUUGGCCCAAGGAUGCCUGGGGACUGCCAACUGGGCUGCAAAGGUGGGGAAGCCCACACCCUAAAAAGAACCAGGAUUCCAGAGCACAGGAGGCCAGGGCCAACAAGAGACGGACUGUCACCCCAAAGUGACCUUUUUGGUGGGCUUGCCCAGCUGGUAGCCAUUGCCCUGCCAUCUGUGAAGCGGGGGCUGGGCUGUUCCUCCUGGGGUGGUCCCUCAGCAUUCCUACUUGCACUGUUCUGGCUGAAUUUGGGGGGGUCUCUGAGGUCAGCAAAGAGACACUGCUGCCCAGGCCGGUGCUGUGAGAAUUGAGUGCUCAGUGGAGCUGGGAGCCCAGGAGACAAGAAAGUGGCAGGAUUUUCGUAUGUUCAAAAGGGACAGCGCUUGCAGUCAGUAGAUCUAGCGAUCUAGUUGGGAGAUAACGGUGUUUACCCCACAUGAAGUAUUCGGUAGCUCUACUUGUGAAUUUGUAUUUAUUUUGAGUUAUACUUGACACAGAAUUCCUUUUUUUAAAAAACAAAAAUACUAUGUGUGUAUUUUGGAAAAAAAAAAAAAAAACUCAUAGAUGUUAAAAUUUCUGCACAGUUACCAGUUUUUCUCACAACACUGAAUUUGGUAGCUUCUCCCGAAAAAUCUUCACAGUGAUUUUUGUCUGUAUAUAUUUGAGGGCCUUUUUUUAAAAAAAAAAAGAAAAGAAAAGAAAAAGAAAAA